CUUUCAAAGUCUAUUUAUGCAAAUGUAAGCACAGCACUGGCAACAGUUUGAAAACUUAACCGCUCUGUCAUCUGCUGGUAGUGAGCUUUUUAUAGAAACCCAGGGAGCUUCUGAAAAUGGUGUCUUGGAAAAUGAUGUCUUGGAAACUGGUAGCUGUUGUGUGUACUGUAGUGUUUCUAGUCCUAGGAAUCUUAAUUGGAAAGUUUGGUAUUCCUCCUGACCUCCCCAGCUGGCUCAGGGAAAUGAGUAUUGAUGGAGACAGCAGCUUCACAGAAAGACUCAUGAAGGAAAUCCGUGCAGACAACAUUGAGAAAAACUUGAAGUACUUCACACAAAAAGCUCAUAUCGCUGGCAGCCCUCGAGAAGAAGAAGAGCUGGUUAAUUAUAUUUUUAAUGAGUGGAAAAGUCACCUUGAUAGUGCUCGGAUCUACCCCUACUCUGUACUACUCUCCUAUCCAAAUGCCAGUGACCCAAAUUACGUAGCUGUUCAGCUUGAGAAUGGCACUGAAGCUGACAUGUCGGCCAAGGUGGAGAAAAUUCUCAACCCAGACCAGGAGGAGGACCCCACUGUUGUAAACCCUUUUAAUGCUUACUCUCUUCCUGGCACUGUCAUGGGGGAUCCUGUUUAUGUAAACUAUGGGACCAUUGAAGACUUCACAUACAUGAAGAGGAAUCUUUCAAUUGAUCUGAAUGGAACAAUUGCAAUUGCUCGCUAUGGGAAAAUUUACAGAGCGGACAAGGUAAAACAUGCAGCAGAGUUUGGCUGUGUUGGGAUGGUACUGUACUCUGACCCUGCAGACUAUGCAGUUGACAGUGAGGUGAGGGUGUACCCUGAUGACUGGUGGUUGCCUGGUACAGGAGUUCAGCGUGGGACUGUCCUUCCCAGAGACGGGGAUCCUUUGACACCAUAUUACCCAUCAAUAGAGUCUGCGUUUUACCAAAAAGAGAGUGACUCUUUUAGUGUAUCUGCGAUCCCAGUUACUCCAAUAGGAUAUGAUGAUGCUAUUAAAUACCUCAGAAAAAUAUCUGGACCAGAAGCAAACAGCACAUGGCAAGGGGGUCUGAAUGUGACAUAUCGACUUGGUCCAGGAUUUAUUCCUCCUUAUAGCAACAGUAAACUGAAGCUACAUGUUCGCACAUACAACGAGAGAAGAAUGACGCACAAUGUGAUUGGAUAUAUUCGAGGAGAACAUGAACCAGAUCGAUAUGUUGUCCUUGGAAACCAUCGAGACGCCUGGGUGUUCGGAGCUGUUGACCCCUCCAGUGCCUCUGCAGCUAUGAUGGAACUCAGUAGAGCUUUUGGGGAACUGCUGAAAGAUGGCUGGAGACCACGGAGAUCCAUUGUAUUCUGCAGCUGGGGGGCUGAAGAACAUGGGCUUAUAGGAUCCACUGAGUGGGUUGAGGAACUUGUUAAAAUUCUUGGAACAAGAGCUGUGGCGUACUUAAAUGUUGACAUUGCUGUGGAAGGAAACACGACUUUAAUGGCAAGUGGAACACCCAACCUAUACAAGUUAUUACACGAGUCUGCAAAGAAGGUUGAAAAUCCGAAUCCAGAUGAAAUUGCUAAUGGUAGGAAGACAGUGUUUGAUACAUGGUUGGCAAAUGACCCAUCUGAUUAUGACCCAACUCUCCCUCAUAUUGGUGAACUGGGAUCUGCAAGUGACUAUACCGCAUUUCUACAAAUAGGAGGUAUUCCAUGCAUAGACAUGAGCUACACCUACAGCAAGACAUACAAGCUCAGCGACUAUCCAAUGUACCAUUCAGCCUAUGAGACGUUUGACCUGGUUUCCCGUCUUAUGGACAGAGGCUUUAAAUACCAUCAGGCUGUGGCUCGCCUUUUGGGAGUGAUGACAAUGACUCUGGCUGAAAAGGUCAUUUUGGACUUGGACUGCACACAGUAUGCCAACAAACUGGAAAGAAUGGUGAAGGAUAUUCAAACCCACUAUGGGCCACUGUUUGAGAAGCAUGGUAUAAACAUGGAUGGAGUGGUAAAAGCAAUACAAGAAUUUAAAGAGGCUGCCAGAAAUCUACAUGGAAGAACUGAAACUGUUGAGCUGACCAACCCUUUAGAGGUCCGCAGACUGAAUGAUCAGCUUAUGGAUCUAGAGAGGGCCUUUAUUGAUCCUUUGGGAAUUUCCGGCAGACCAUGGUACAGGCAUGUCAUUUUUGCUCCAAGUCUACAUGAUGCUUACGGUUCAUCAAGUUUUCCUGGUCUCACGGAUGCUUUAUUUGAUAUUGAGAAUGAUCCAGACCAAGCCAGACGCUGGGAACAGGUCAAGAAGGAAGUAUCAGUGAUUACAUUCAUAAUCUAUUCUGCGGCUAGCACCAUGAAGGGUGUCAAUGAUAUUGGUGGACUCUGAACCACAAAUAACACUGCAUCUUAAAAUCACGCUGGAUUGAAGUAUUUCAUGAUUACUGGAGUGUCCAUAAAAUGUAACUAGAAAAACAGGCAAAUUUAGUCAGUGUGCUCGUUUGUUUUAUAUUAACAUUGUUGUUAUUAGCAACGACCGCUAUAGAUUCUAUCAGUCAAAGCUCCAGACUUCCUAAGAGAAAUCUUUCUUCGUUCAUAUUUCUUCACAGAUAAAUAGGUACAGACUGUUAUUUUCUUCAUGUUGUAGCAGAGAAUACAUUACCCUUAUUUUGUUUGUUGAAGAUUUUUAUUGUAUGUGAAGAAAAUCUUAAAAUGUAAAACAAAAAGGAUAUAACAUUGUACAUUAAAAACUGAUUUAAAAAAAUUAUGUAAUUGAUACAUCUUUUUAUGUACCGUAAUCCGAUUUUUUUCAGUAUGCUGUCUUAAUAUGGUACAAAUAAAGCACAGCUGAGGACUGAUUCAGUAUGAUUUAUUUAGUGGAAUGCAGGUUUAUGAUGGCAUCGUAAGUAUUUCCAUUGAUUCUGUAUAUUUAAAAGUUAUUUAAUUCUCUAGCUCACAAUUCUGCAUUUCAAAAUCCCUAAUACUAAUAGGUUUAACUGACAUAACAUAAUACAUACAGUAUUUUCAAAGCAACUGUCUAUUAAAUGCAGUAAAAUAGGGGGCAGAUAAGAGCAAAUAAAGCGCAUUUAAGGAAGGGUGAUAGUGUCC